AUGGCUCGGGUUAGGGAUCCCCACGGUGACUGCGAGCCAGAGGAGGUGUCGGACUGGUCCUUUGAUGAAAACUGUCUCUUCUGCUGUUUAAGGCGCGAGAAAUACAAGUUUUUCUGGGGACCGCUGGAGCCCGAGGGACCAGGUUUAGUCGAUGACCUGGUCCCUCUCCACCUCGAGCUGGCCUAA